AUGGAUCUUCUUAAAUCAGUUUUUGAUAUUAUUGUAAGUUUAUCAAUGGUUCGAUGAGUUUUGUCAUUUUUUUUCAGGCUGGAGAUAACGGCGAAGCUGAACAAGAAAGAAACGAUGCAAGACUGAGAAAUUUGAGAGAAGAGAAUAAACGUGAAUUGAAGGAAAGUAGGGAAAGUGAGUUAGAAAAAUAAAAGUUCACGAAUACAACUCAACUUUUAAGCUUUAAAUUUAGGAUCUGACCGGGAGAAUGAAAAACUUGAACUGGAAAAAGCUGGAAAGAAGACGUCAAAUUGAAGAAACUAGAUCAAACAAUGAUUAUUAUACAAGGUUAGAAGAAACUUAUGUGUGUGUGUGAGAAAUGAAAAUUUACAGACAACGUGAAGCGGAAAUAAAGGAAACACAAAAUUCAUAUGAGAAUAAUAUGAAUACGAUGAUGAGUGAACAUAGUAAAAAUAGACAAAAUAUUGAAGAAACCACGAAAAAAGAAUUGGAACAAAUCAAUGUGGAUUUUGGAAAUGAGGUGAUUUUUUACGGUACAAACACACACUAGGAUCUGCGUUGAAAUUCAAAACGAUGUGUGUAAUUUAAAAGCAGAAAAUCAGGUGAUUCUGAUGCGCGCGCUCUAGAUUACUUUAAAAAUUUAACAAAUUACAUAAUAGCACGUUUCCAGAUGCUAUCCUUGGGGAAAACACAUUCAACUGAAACUGAAAACAUCAAAAAAUCGGCAGAAAAACAGAGAACAAAAUUCGAGGAGUUUAUGGGUAACAUCGAGAAUGUUCGUUUUUUUUGUGUACAAUUUCUAUAAACUUCUUCUUGUUCAGGAAAAAAAGCAGAAUGAUAAAAAGCGACUUUUUCAAUUGGACUUGUUUGGGAAGGAAGAAAUUGAGCGAUCAAAGGCGAAUGAGGAAAAAAUGAGAGAACGAGCGGCAAAUCUGCAUGAAAGUAAAAUGGAACAACUGAAAUUGAAGGGGUAAGAAACAAUCGCGAGUCCGCUACGCUAUGACUCAUUUCAGACAAAAACAAGAGCACUUAAACGCCAUAAAAACACAACAUCUUCAAAGUAACCUAGAUCUAAUGAUGAUAAAAACUCAAAUGGAGAGUAGUCAAAAAUUAGCAAUUGUUUUUCAAAAAAACUUGGCUUCAUCGAUACUGAAAGGCAACGAAAGCUUGAAAAAGGCUAUGAAUUAUAUAUGCGAUUUGAAAAAUACUUCAUCAAAUGUUAAAUUUGAGGUAACUCUAGUUAAUUAAUGAACUAAUUAUCAGCCAGUAAAUUCAGGUUUGUUUGAAAGAAUGGGCGCUUGCUACAAAUGUUAACGUCGGAAAAAUUAGAAGUCUUCGCGCUGAUUUGAACAAUUAUACCUCAGCAGAUCAAGAUUUACGAGAGACAAUCAAUGUAAAUAUAUGAAUAAUCCAGUUACUUAUCUACAUAAUUGCUAAUUUAGAGUGUAAUUGGCUCAAUUGAGACGGAAUAUCAAUCGGUUCAAACAUUGCAAUGUGUUGCAAAUAUGGCAAUCGAUAAAAAUGAUAUAAAACAAAUUGAAGGGUUGAAAACAAAAUUUGAAUCACAUUUCAAAGCGAUUCAAAACCAUGAACAACAAAUCAGAAAAGUUAUGGCGCCACACGAUAAAACUUUGGAGAAUUUGACAAAAAGUUAUCAACAAUUAACUGGUACAUUUAUAAUUGAUUUAGUAAUUAAUUCGCCACGUCACUCACUAAUUGUAACAUUUUUCAGAAAAAUUGAAGAAUCAAGCGAGGAUUGAAUCAAGUUCAUCGGCGGCUGUUCAGAAGAAAUAA